AUGACUGACGACAUCCCUAAGGAUCGCGUCAAGGAACUUAGACAGGAGGCUAUUCUUUGCCGUGUAAAGUACCACAAUAAUCUUCCAGAACUCCCAUUUGAUCCCAAGUUUUUACCAUAUCCAUUCGAGCCCACGAGAUUUGUGCAAUAUGCUGCGACUUCCCUUGAGAGAAACCACAAGCACGAACUCUUAUGCGAAACUGAUGUCGGAGUUGAUGUCGAUCUUAUUGAUCCAUCUGCAUUUAAAACAGAUCGCACAGCUUCUCUUCAUCCUGACGAUGAAAAACUUUUGGAAGAUGAUGAUCCUAAUGCAAUAAAUGAUAGGAGAUCUCGGCAUCAACGUUCGGUUGCAUGGUUGCGCAAGACGGAAUACCUUUCCACCGAACAUUACAAUAAGUGGAAUAAAUCAGAGAAGAUCGAGACAAAACUUGGUCACAAUGUUAAACAGCGAUUUGCUGAGGAAAUCGUGUAUCGUGACAGAGAAAGUCAAAUUAAUGCUAUCGAAGCUACAUUUACUGCUGCUAAAAAACCGAUUCAGAGGCACUACAGCAAGCCAGGCGUUCACGCUGUUGAAGUUCUGCCUCUUCUCCCCGACUUCAAGUUGUGGCGUUAUCCCUGCGCCCAAGUCAUUUUUGAUGAUGACCCAGCUCGUAAGGGAAUAUCUGCUGCCGAACAGCGCGAAGAAGUUAACCAAGCUGUUAUUAGGGGUAUGGUGGAUGAGACUGGUGAUCACUUCGUUGUUUAUUUCUUACCCACUGAAGAGACCAAACAACAGCGGCGUUUUGAUGCUGAAAAUCAUGUUGCGUUUACAGAAGGCGCCUCUUAUGAAUAUGAAAAGGCGCGUGAAUACAAUUGGAAUGUGAAAAAUAAGACAAUGACUAACUAUGAAGAGAACUACUUUUUUGUUUUCCGUAAAGACGACAAGGAUUGUCCUGCGGGUGUCUACUACAACGAGCUGGAGACUCGUGUGAGACUCAGCAAACGUAGGAAGGUGCAAUCGAGUUUUGGAGGUGGGCCCAUGGCGCCACCACAGCCGCCCUCUAAGAUGCGUUUGGUUGUGCAGCACAGAGACUUCACAUACGAGGAGCUGCAAGCACAAACAGCGCGUCUGGACAUGCUCAAGCAUGAGUCAGAGGACGAAGAGGAAGAAGAGGAGGCUGAGCAAGAGCACCCUGAAGCUCAAGAAAGCGAGGGCGAGGCGCAAAAGAAUCACUCCCCUCUACUUGAAUCUCCCUCUCCGGCGUCUGGAGCAAAACGGGGGCCCCAGUUGCAUUCAGAUAGCGAGGGAGAACACAGCAGUCUAGAGGGUGAUGAGGAGGCGGAACAGAAAGCUACACUACAGAGUCACUUAGGGACGAGGCGAUCUUCAACAAAGCGCUCCACAACUGCUGCUGUCUUCUCAGACGAUGAUGACGAGGAAGAAGAGGAGGGAGCCGACAAGGAGGAAGAAGAGGAAGGGAAGGAGAUACAUGACACUCGUCACUCCGUAUCAUCGGACCUCUCUAAUGACAGUCCACCGCGAACCCAAUCGCCGAUACCCAGUCGCUUUUCAUCGAAAAGACCGACUCGUAAAAGAUCAUUCACGGAAGUUGAAGACAACAGCGGAAGUGAUAAUGAGGAUGAGCGUUCUCCUUCACCACCACCGUCGCAUCGGCGUCGUCAAGAGUUUACCCCUGCACCCAGACCUUCUGUCAACUCCUCCUCCAGGCGUCCCGUCCUUAGUGAGAGUGAUGACGAUCUUAGUAGUCUCAGUGGUUAA